AUGGGAACCGAGAUCCAGGAAAGCAAGCCUAGUAAAGAGGUCGAGCAGGGCUUGGGUCGAACCAAAACUCAAAUGCCAUUGUCGUUGGGGGCCUGCAUUGGAUACCUACCUAGCGGGGGCCGGUUCUAUCGUCCCAACGGUUAUCGUAAGCUCGACUGCCAGAAGGCUCAUAAGACUCACGAUGGGAAGGGGCGUCUGAAUAACCCCCAGAAGCAGACUGCGCGCGAGCAUCAUCUCGGUCAUAGUAGCCACCGCCUCGACGGUCUCCUCGGCGAUCCCCACGAUCACGGUCACGGUCGCCUCGGUCACCGCGGUCACCGUACCUGUCAUCACGGCCGGACGUGGCAUAGCGGUCGACGCCUCUGUGACCAUAGUCAUCACGAUAAUCGCGACGACUGCCACGGUCACUGUAGGAAUCGUAGCGAGAACUGCGAUAGCCGUCAUCGUAUCGGCGUCCAUGGCCACCAUACCCACCGCGACGAUCGUCAUAGCGAUCAUAACGACCGCCUCGACUGUGUCCACGAAGUUCUGGUAUUCAUUUUUGUUUUUAGCAAGUCUCUCUUAUCAAUUGUAGAAACUCAGGGUGAGACCAUACCUCGCUUGGGAGGCCCAAAGUACUUUCCGGGCGUAGGGGUUCUAGGGCGACUACGGCGAGCCUUUUCGAUGCUCAAGGUACGUCCGUCGAUUACCUCGCCCUGUAGACCCUCUCUGGCCGCUUCUGCCUGGUCAGGAGUAGCCAUGUUCACAAACCCGAAUCCACGCGACUCCUUGGUGUGA